AUGCUCUUUUCCUUCUUCUGGUUCUGGCCUAUCAUGACCAUGGCAGCCCUCAUGCUUCACGGACCGGCCAUAGCAGCUCAAGUUGAUGUCCGAGCCGUGUCGACCAAUCUUCCUGCUCCGGUUCCAAAAACAUCCUCUACAGGAGGUUGUACCUAUACUGCUUUCACCGAACCGGUCAUUGCAAUCGGACCGACCAAGACAGAGUACACGUUGACGACUUACACCUCGGCUCUGUACAAUUGUGGUGGAUGUUCCAACAUUGACGUGGUCGUCCUUGGUCAUAUUUUUGUGAAAGUAAGCUUCACAGCAACCGUUACCGCUACGAAUGCUACGACCAUCACCACCGCUCGAUGCAGCCCAACUCCUCCCCCUGCUUCUGCCUCUCUUGUGUCUACGUUUGGACAUGGUCGUGGAGGUUGA